AUGGCUGCAUCCAUGGAUGCGCUGGGGGCCUUCACCCACCUUCAGAACAACCUACCCGCAUGGAUCAUCCGUGUCUCCGAGCUGGCAGCACACACCUCGGCCAAACAUGCCCAAUACUCAGAAGCCUACCGAAAACAUUCGAAGCCCAAGUCGCGCCGACGAAAGAACAGCUCCGUACGCUCUAUCCACACCGAUGACCUCGUCCCAAUCGCCCAGCAGAAAGUCCCCGGCCCGGAAACCCCCACAGUCAACACCUCAAUGUGCAAGGAAGAGAAAGUUCCGGCCCAGCAGGCAGGACGCAAGCGCGGCACAGACGAAGCCCCAUCGAUCAACUCGAAUGAACGUUAUGACUUUGUCAGCACCCGCCACAACGUCAUCAUCGACUACGAUGGCCACACACAAAAAGUCCUUGAACAGAUUGUCAAGGAUAUCGGUAUUGCCAGGAACAACAUCCGCCGUGGCAAGAUGUCAUUGAUGCCUUCCCGGAUGGGCAUUCGCUCGAAUGCUCUCAGCAGGACCGCGGGCGGCGCGGCUGCAGAAUCCCCAAUUGCCUCCUUGGCAUGCGUCCGAAGCACACGAACCGCGACUGGGAUAGUAGGUGUAACCGGAACUUCGAACGGAAUCAGCAAAGACUCGCCUUUUGAUUUUUCCGACAAGCAAUUGGAGCUCGCGCACGGUCUCUGCGAGACAGCUGCUUUCCAGGUUCUCCGGUCAGGCGACUGUGGAACCGAACUUGAUGGCGUCGAGGAGAAGUUCAAGAUGUUACUGGAAAUGACCACCAAGGAGGUCACCCGUUUGGAAGAAGAAAAGAAGAAACAGGAGGAGGAAGCGCCGGAAGAGGAAAAAGAGGAACCAAAGCCGCCACCUCAGACUUCAACAGCCGCUCGACUUGCUCGGAUAGCGGCCCUUUCAGCAAAUAAGCCCUCAGCAGCCGCAAUGGGCACUAUCGAAGUCGACGACGAUUCCUCUUUAUCGGCUGAGUCCCUCGAACUCGACCUGUCUGCAUUCCGGUCCUCGAGAAUCCGGGUCUAG